AUGUUUUCACCUCUUCAAAUGCUAUAUAUUGGUGUCUUUUUACUAAUAUAUACACGUUUCUCAGAAGCAGAUAAAAAUUAUCGCUUAUUAGAACACAUAAGACCAAUUAACUAUAAGCUUAAUUUAAAUAUAGAUCCUAACGAUCAAAACUUUUAUGGGCAAGUUGAAAUUAUUUUAAAAAUAGAUCAUGGAGUUCAUGGAUACGUACUCUUAAAUGCUCAUAAUAGCUGUAUCACAAUCAAACAUGUCACUAAGAACAACGAAAAAUGCAGCUUUACCGAUAUCAAUCCUGAGACCCAGAUUUUUAGGAUUCAAUGUCCAACAUUAUUCAGAUCUGGUGAUUCUCUAUUUAUAAUAUACGAAGGAAAAUAUUCGACUACAGAAAUGAACGGGUUAUAUAAAACUUGGUACGAUAACGGAACACUACUCGUGACCACUCUAUUUCAGCCUGAAUUUGCCAGAAAGGCGUUUCCAUGUUUUGAUGAGCCGUCUUUGAAAGCCACCUUCGAUUUAAUCAUUCAAUCACCUACCAAAUAUCGGGUUCUAGCGAACACCAAAUUAGAAUCGUCCAGUACCGUAAGAAAUAUUACCACCCACAAAUUCCAAAGGACUCCUGUCAUGUCGUCGUAUCUCGUAGCCUUUGUGGUGUCCGAAUUCGAGGCUGCCGUUGAAGAAAAUUCUUCGUUCAACGUAUUUGCUCGACCAAGUGCUAGCCACAAUAUGGUAGUGGCUGUAAAGUACGGCCAGCAGCUUUACGACGCUUUAAGCCGAUGGAUUGGUAUCGACUAUGAAGAUUUAGGGAAUCCGCAACGGUACUUGGUAGCUGUUCCUGAGCUCUCAGCCGGUGCUAUGGAAAACUGGGGAUUGAUCACUUUUACUGAACUGGAUCUACUGGAUGAUGGCAACAGGACGAGAAGUGAUACUAAUCAAAACAUCAUACAUGUUAUGGCCCAUGAAAUCGCUCAUCAGUGGUUUGGAAACUAUGUUACCUUGGAUUGGUGGUCAAAUUUGUGGUUAAACGAGGGUUUUGCUACCUAUUUUUCGUAUAUUAUUACGGACAUGCUUGAAAAUGGUACCCUCAAUAUGGAAGUAGAAAAGCAACUGGUAGCUGGAGAAAUGCAGAUGCUUUUGGAACAAGACACAACUUUAUCAUCUUCGGCUAUAUCAGAACCAGAGACUGCGUUGAAUACCCCGUUAGAAGCUAUUAAUAAAUUUGACGAAUUCACUUAUAUCAAAGGGUGCAGUAUCGUCCGAAUGAUGAAAUUUAUUUUAGGAGAACAACUCUUUAAGGAAGGGAUACAUAAUUAUAUGAAUGAAAAUAAAUAUGGAAAUGUUGAUCCUGAAAUUCUCCUGCGGUCGUUGCAAUUAACCGCAAGAAAUGAAGUGACCCAUUUUCAACAGAAAAUGCACAAUUGGAUUUACCACUCCGGUUAUCCGCUGGUGACAGUAAAACAAACAAAUAAAUCUGCAGUUACUGUAUCACAGACUAGGUUCCUAAGUAACAAGAAGAAGAAAUCAAAAGAUCAGUGGUACGUGCCUUUAAGCUAUACUAGUCAAAAAGAAAAAGAUUUUUCAGGAAACAUUAGAGGUUGGCUAGAGCCAGCCGAAACAUACACUAUUGAGCAUGCUAAAGAAGAUUGGCUGCUGUUGAAUAUACAAAGAGGGGGAUUCUAUAGGGUAAACUACGACGACACAUUGUGGAGUAAUAUCAUCGAUGCUUUACACAACGAUGUAGAAAGAGAAUCUAUCGAUUCUUUAGAUAGAGCACAAUUGGUUGACGAUAUAUUUCACAUAGCCCGAAUUGGAGAAGUUAGUUAUUCCAAAGCAUUUGAACUGGCAAAUUAUUUAAGAAAAGAAACCAGUUUUUAUCCAUGGAUGUCUGCCAAUAGAGAGUUUGUUUAUCAAAUGGAUAUGGUCGAUGAGGAAACUAACAAGUUAUUAACACAAUUUAUUCUAGAAAUAAUUAUGGAAGCAUUUCCUGAGAACACCGAGUAUGUAACGCAUGUGGACAAAUUAAAAGAAGCUGCCAUUACUGGUAUGAAAUGCAAACUAGAAGAGGAGGGAUGUCUAGCGUUAGCAAAAAAGCAGUUCGAUGAUUUUAGGGACAAAAAUAUAUUACCAAAGCUUAGCAUACAAGACGCAGUCUUCUGUUAUGGAUUAAAAAAGAGUGAUCAACUGCAAGACGACUAUAAAUUUCUCCUGGAUGUACUUAAAUUGACGCAAUCUUCAGCGUUGACAAAUUCGAUUCUUAUAGCCUUAGGAUGUAUGGAAGAUGAAAAACUUCUUAAAAGUUAUUUAGACUUAACUUUAGACCCGAAGAUUUUCAUUAGAAAACAAGACUUUCAAGUAGUUUUUAAUGCUGUUUAUUUCAACAAUAAAGUGGGUGUUUCUGCAGCUUUGGACUUUUUAGAGAAAAACUUAAAAGAAAUGGAUGUGGCAUAUGAUGGAGGUAAUCAACUCUAUGGUCUGUUGAUUGAUUUUGCAACCAAGUUGUCUACACCAGAAGAAGUUCAAAAGAUGAAAAAAAUCCUCGAGACUUACAAAGACAACGAAAACGUCCAGCUGGCCAAAUCCAGUGUCUUGGAUACGAUUGAAACAAAUCAUCAAUGGAACAUAGACUAUGGCAAUCAACUUAAAGAUGUAUUGCUGAAGCAUGUACAUUCUGCACAACCAAAUCACCUCUCAGGGCAUACCAUUUAUAUUUAUAUCUUUGUGUUGUUUAUCAACAUUAUUAUGACAUUGUAG